AGUCUGUCCCUCGCAUCGACCCGUAUCUGGAUUUGCGCAUGUUCAGAGUGGAUGUUGAAGUGGAGUGUCCGCAUUAAUUUUUUUUAAGCUUUCAGAGGUAGUUGUACGGCUUGGCGCAAUGGUGUUUCAGUGUCAGAAACAAUCCUACUUGAAGGAGUUUGAGACUGCUGUGGAAUCAUGUACGCCAGCAGAGUUGAACACAAUACUUAAUGGGAAAAAGGAAACACUGAAAGGUUUCAACGUGAUCCUCGAGGACACAUUGCUAUUUCCAGAGGGAGGUGGGCAGCCAGAUGAUCGUGGGUUUAUUAAUGAUAUCCCUGUGUUAAGAGUGACACGACAAGGAGCUAAGGCUAUUCACUUUGUGCAGUCACCCUUGGAGCCAUUGUCUAAGGUUCAGCUGAAAGUUAACUGGGACAGACGAUUCGACCAUAUGCAGCAACAUUCAGGGCAACAUUUAAUUUCCGCCAUGGCAGAGUCAAUGUUUGGUUUCAAUACAACCUCAUGGGAGCUGGGUCAACAGCGCUGUUUCAUUGAACUGGACACGCCUUCUAUGACGGAUGAGCAGGUUCAAGCUUUGGAGAAGGCAGUAAAUGAGAAAAUAAGAGAGCACAUUCCUGUCAAUGUACGAGUCAUACCUGUGGAUGAUCCUGAAAUAAAACAGGCUAGUCAGGGUCUACCAGAUGAUCAUGUGGGUCCGGUGCGAAUUAUUGAUAUUGUAGGAAUUGAUGAAAAUAUGUGUUGUGGAACACAUGUAUCAAAUCUCAGUCACCUACAGGCUAUUAAAAUUUUGGGGAUAGAAAAAGGUAAGAAGAAAAAAAUAAAUUUGCUUUUCCUGGUCGGGAACAGAGUGCUAAAGUAUGCAGAGAAAAGUUUGACAGUGGAAAAGGCAUUGACAUCGCUUCUCAAAAAUGGACCAGGGCAACACGUUGAAGCUGUGGACAGACUGCAAAAAUCAGUUAAAUUGCUUCAGAAGAAUAACUUGAGUCUGCUCAGGGAUUUGGCUCUGUUGACUGCAAAGAACUUUAAAAGUGAUCCAAACAAAGGCAAGAUAUUUGUUUUGCAUAGGAAAGAAGGGGACAGUGAAUUUAUGAACAUUAUAGCAAAUGAAAUUGUCACUGAGGUCAUACUGCUGUUCUUAACAGUUGGAGAUGAAAAAGGAGCAGGAUUAUUCCUUUUGGCAGGUCAAGUGGAUGCUGUUGAAACAUUAGGAGCAAAAGUUGCUGGAAUCCUUGAUGGAAAAGGAGCUGGAAAACAAGGUCGUUACCAGGGGAAAGCAAACAAGAUGAGCAAACGUCCAGAAGUGGAAGCCCUCCUGCAGCAAUAUGUGCUCAUGAAGGGCAAAAAAGAGGAAUGAUUUACGGAGGAGGUUGAUGAAAAUUUAAAUGUUUGGCGUUUUAGUUUUAUUUGAAAAAUAUUUGCUCUUUAAAGUUAUACUUAUUAAUUUGUUAUUACUGUAUAUUUACUCUCACAUCCAACCUUGUAAGUUCAUUGUUAGUACCAAGUUGGUUCUAAAAGGAAGUGAGGUUACCUCAGGAAGCACUGUUUCUCCUUGGCACUAGAUUCAGGCUGUAUUUAUUCUGUAACUGUGAGUCAGAAUGAAUGAUGAAACUGUAAUCACUCCAUUCCUUACCAAAGUUUUGAUUGUGAUAUCCAGUUUAAUAAUUAAAAUGAUUCUGUCAUAAAUAAAGGUGGGAGUUUUUCUCUUGUAAAUGUAACCAAAUUUU